AUGGAGGAGAGCAGUGUUACUAUGUCUACAGAAGAAAAAUACAAGGAGCUUAAGCGAAAGUAUGUCACGCUUAAGGACGCCGUGAAGCAGUUGCACGAUGAUUACGAACGAGUAAAGGAGGAGUUGGUGGCGAAGACCGAUGCAUGCGAAUGUCUGGAAGAGCAGAACCAGAACCUCAAGAAGGCGUAUGACGAGCUCACAGAUGAGGUGAGCAACAUAAAGUCGCGCGAGCCGGCCAAAUCGGCACCUUUUAAGUGGGAGAAUGCGCUAACGCUAAUAAAAAAGGGCGCGCACGCCGCGUCGAAUGCCCCAGCUGAAGACGUAUCGUUGCUGUACAGCGAGAUCGAUUCGCUGAAAACACAACUGGAGGCCGCUGCCCACGAAAAGGAAGAGCUAUUGAAGGAGCAGAAUGUCUUGCGUACGGAAAAGGAUAGUCAGGGUUUCGAAUACUCUGCCACCGUGGCCAAACUUAAAGAGCGCAUAUUCGCGUUGGAGGGUAUCCUGAAGGAACUUCAGGAGUCUCUCACUACAAGCGAGUCGAAGUCAUCCAACUAUGCCACCGAGAUCGCGGAACUUAAGUCAACUGUCGCUUCGCGCAACAGCAAGUUGGAGAAGCUGGAGGAUACUCUGAGCAGCGAUCGCAAAUUUCUGCACCGGUACGUUAACCUGCUGGAGACCAGGUUGCGUUCUAAGGUGACCUAUGAUCUACGUCGGCUGCCGCUUAUCAAUACAUUCAACGUAUACCACCAUCAGCAUUUGCACAACUGGAGCCUUGUUCGCCACGCCGUGGACGACCUGUCCGUCAGUUUGCUUUUGUCUUUAAAAGGCGUCUUCGGCGCGUGGAAAUCUGCAAUGCGUUUCAUUCGUGGUUCGGAUGUUGUCACUGAGAGUGUGCUUCAACGAUCGCCUCCACGGGGCGCUGUUGACACGGGUGACGCUGCGAAGCCAUCAGCCUCACGGUCAUCAGACCCGUCGUCAUCGAACCAACGCCAUGCAAAUGAAGGUGAGGCAUCUGAUUCAAAAGGCGAUGCCGCAGGGGAAUCACCAGAUGUGGUUGAACUUGAACCGAAAAAUAAAGCCGCUCAUAGUGAUGAGAAUAAUUCGCCAAAGGAAGAGCAUCCACCUGCUACGGAGGCAUUGUUCCCGUUUGCUUUGGACAAAGAAGAUAGCAACAAACAUAUAUGGUCUGCCAUGGAAUCAUACCGCCAGAUGUCAGUGGCAACAAUUUCAGAUCUGGUGUUGAGCAUCGAUAGGCUCCUAGAGGGUGAGCACCUCCCCGCUGCAGCGUUUAGGAGGUCUGUUCGACUCGUAAGAACCUUGUCACGCCAUUUACGUCUUUACUUGUGCUUGGAAGAAUAUCUAUCCCCAUACGAAGACUUUGAAGCUGUUGUUAUGGGUCCUCGGCGUAUGAGGCAAGGCACGGUGGUCUUCAUUCGAUGCCUCCGUGAGCUGUGUAAUGCCCUAUCUAGACUGUUCACGAUAUAUGGAUGCGCAUUAUCUCGUGUUGACGAGCUAUCCAAGGACGAAUUGUCGGAAUUAGCCAACAUACUGUCUGCGGAGGUUGGGGAACGCACAUCGUCAGAAUCAGACAGGGCCAGGGUUUCCUCGGAUGCGAUUGGCGCAACUGCACGGAAUAUGGAUUACAGUUCGGGCCACAGCAUGCACAGUGAUACCGGAAUAACCGAUGACAAUGUUUUAGGGCCGGGUUCUGAUGACGCUUCGACUUUGUCUGGUGUGAAAUAUUCCGAGCGUCUACGUUCGCUGACCGACGAGCUCUCAUCAAGUCGGCCUUUACGUUCAUUGGAACGACGCCUAUUCUCGGGUCUGAAAGAGGUGUUAGGCAUAGUUUCCGUUUUCAAAUCGGUGAUGUCGCACCGUUUGUGCUACCCCAAAAUGUUGGACGGGUUCUUUUUCCCGCUCAGUGGUGGCUCACCUGAGAUGGUCGACCUGGGAGCUGCUAUUGCCGAUUUUGAGACCAACAUCUCUCGCGUCACUGAGCAUAUAGUCUCGCUUCGUCUGCAUGGUGCUCUACAGAUGAGACGUAAUAGCGUAUGUUGUGCGCAGAUGGAGUCCGCGUCGGCCGUCACAUCGGAGACGGCGAGCACUGCAAAACCGUCCAUCAUGUCAAAGCACGUUGUGCCACAAUUUGUGGGCGCAGUUAAUGCGCAACUUCUAACCUCGCCUAACCGCGUCUGCAUAUCAACAGUAUCCGAUCGUAUCCGGAUGGCUGAGGAUGAGCGUCGUGAGAUGAGCACGUGCAACGAACGUCUGAGUGCGAUGAACGAGGAGCUCAUGGCUGCACGGGCUCGUUGCGACGCAUUAGAAUCCCGAUUGGCUGAGUCUUAUGGGUUAUCGCUAAAGGAAGAACGAUUAGUGUCCGAGUUUGAAAGGCUGUUUUCCCGGUACCACUACCAUGACAAACAACUGUCUAUGGGCGGUGUUGCCAUGCACAGCCACCACAGCGACCUGUUAACUGAGUUGCACGCUCUGAGAGAGGACAGCGGGCAGAAGAUGAAAAAGUUGGCGGUGUACGUGCGCCACUUGGUGAAGUCAGUCGAGCAGCUGGAAGACUCAAACCGUCAGCUCCGCCGUGCGUUGAGCCUUCACGCUGAGCAGUACGCAGAAUCGAAGGCUGCCGCUGAAUCCGUGCAUUUGAACUACAACGAGCAGAUCGCUCUGAUGAGCGAGCAUAUAAGCGAGCUUAACAACAGCAUCGUGCAGGCCGAGUACCGUGUAUCGGAGCUAUCUGAUGCUAUGAUUACAUGCCCGGCAUGUCGCGCAAAGUGCUCUUUAGGUAUGUUGUUGCAUUAA